AUCAUUUUAAAGACCUGGACUAGACAAACCCAUAUACUAUGAUCUUGACUAUAAAAGAUGUUGCAAAGUUCUCUUCUUAGACUUAAUCAAGAGGCUCGUCAUAUUUCCGAUGAUUGGCAAACUCGUGAAACCGAUUCGGAAAUAAGCGACAAUGAUUUCAUCACCAAGGGUGCAUUCCUAUUAACACCUAGCCACGACUUCAAUAUAGAAAAGGCAGCGUCUAUCUGUGAAAAAAUGAACUUUCGCGGGGCAUUUUCUUUAACAAAAACAGCUACUGGAAUACUUUUUAAAUUUAGCAACAUUGACGAUUAUAACGCAGUGUAUAAGAAAGGUUUUCAUAAAGUAACUGGUGCACGUUUUUAUAAAAAGAUUGCUAUACCAUGUAGACCAGCGAAGACAUUUACAGUGUACGUAUUAGAUGUACCAGAAGAAUUACCAGAAGAUGAUAUCAGACAUGCUUUAUUUAAAUACCGUUCUAUAGUAGAAGUAACAAGAGUUCCUCUUGCAACUGGAACUGUUUUAAAAGCUAUCAAUGAUAGAUUAAAAAAUGAAGCACAAUCUUUAAAUGAGCCAGCAACAAUUUACACUGGACCACCUGUUAUAAGAGUUACUCUUGCUAGUUUGGAAGAAACUAGUGUAUUGCUUAGUCAAGGCUUAGAUUUUUAUGGAGCAACUUAUUUUCCUACAGACACACCAUUAACUUCAUCACAAUCGCUUGUUAAAUAUAAAAACAAUAGAUGGAAUGAACUUGCAUCAAUCUAUCCUGGUCAAAGAGUUAGAGAUUUACUACCAGUCUUUGACAAUGCUGGCUUCGAUAAGAUUCCACCACCUACAAGUCGAAUGAUUAAACCACCAAAAAAUUGAUAAAAGAACAAUUAAAGCAUUUUUUGAAAUAACUUUGCUUUGAUAUUAAUUA